AUGUCGAAGAGGAGCUUCCUGACCAACAUCACUCCCUUGCCGUCCACCGUCUCACGAGAAGCGGCGAUAGCACAACUCCACGAUCACCGGGCUAUGAUUGAACUGAAUCCGCUGGUGCUACGACAUGAGCUUACCGAACCUCCUCCAAACGCGUCAAAAGACGAGGCAGAGAAUGCUGUCUGGUACGAGAUUACCGAUCGAAUCAACUAUUUGCCCUGGGCAUUCGCGAAAGGCGAGAUCGCGUACAAGGCGUGCUUUUACGACUUGCCCAAUGGCUUACAGACUCACGUCUUUGCGCCUGCGGGCGUAGACAUCAAGAGCAAAUGGAGCGUUCGUGGCAACAUACCGGGCGAACCUAGAGAGCCUCAUGAACUGGGCGUCAAAGUUCCCGCCGAAGGACUCUACAUGAUGGAGGAAGUUGAUUUGCGAUGCAACUUCUUCAUGAGCAACUUCGUCAGAGGAAAUCUGAAGAAGUCUCAUGCAGUCGUUGCGGAUAAGAUGGUGGAAAGAGCGAACGCUCAUGCCAUCAUCCUCGCCAACUUCCACUACAGCAAUCGUACUCAUUUCUGCACGAUCGAUCGUAUUAUUUCUGCGAUGGCUGCAGUCAGUCACAAGCACAACUACCAAAUCCGGCCGACGAACAAAGAGCCUGACUUCUCAAGUCUAUGCGACAAUGUCUUUGACCAAUACCUCGAUGGCGACGACCUUUUCGCUUUGGAGGGCGGCAAGCGUGAAAGAAGUAGCUCAGACGGGUCUGGAAACCUCUUCGACUUCUCAGGCUCGAGCGAACAAAGCAACCAGACCUCCGCAACUUCGCCUAUACUUUCUUGGGAAGAGCCCUUCUCAGUGGUCGAGAGCAUAGAGACAGAAGCAAAGCAGCCCAAAGCAAAAGCUCCCGGGGACUUUUGGACAAGAAAGCUUCGAGCUCUCGAACAGAAUGCUGCAGAGUGUGAGAAGCGCCAACAGAAGCUGAGGUCAACAAAGUCAUAUGGUGACUUCCUUAGUCUAGGAGGUCAUCCUUCACCUCCUGCACUACCUUCGUCGCCCACGGACCAAUCAUACUCGUUACCACGCCAGCGGUCACGACUUCCUGCUGCAAACGGAAGGAAGACACCUACCCAGCGCAGUGUCACCAAUGCCCGAUCGGUCUCACGUGGGCGGCCUGUGGGUGUUACGAAGCCUCCCGCCUCUGCUGCUGCACACCCAUAUGCCACGAUCCGCAAGUCGAGAGAUGUCUCGCCGUCCAAGAUGAUGAACCCAUCACGCUAUCGUGCAGGUUUCAAAGAUGUCUGGGCAGAGCGUAUUCAAAACAGUCCCAAGAAGUAUGAGCUGAGGUUGCCAUCGCAAGCGUUCCCAGACUCUCCGCCGCCUUCGGCGAGGACGACACAAGAAGCUUUCGCUGCUUUCGGAUCCUCCAUUGCUUACGCUCCAGUUCCUGGCUGCGAUGAUCAGAUCUCGCCUUUGGCGAAUACGUUUCAACAAGCAGCUCGACUCCAUACACCAAUUGCGUCGCCACUGCUGAGUCCUGGCAGUCAUGCGGUAUCAUCUUACUUCGAGCCGGCGCUGCCACUACCUGGCAAUCCGUAUGCACCUCAGACUGUGCCUCUCAACGAUACCGCCCCAUUCUAUCCGGACAACAACGCGCAGUUAGCAGCAAACAGGAUCCAGUCAUUCGAUUUUGGCUUCUCAAGCUCACCGCCAGUCGCAGACGUAUGGCCUACGGUGCCAUCUUUCGCGGAGCCAGCAACUGCACCAAUCUUGACUGAUCCGUUCAGCAACCAGGAUCCAUUCGGCGGGCUCGACGAUAACGACACAUUCGGUCUAGGUAUCAGCUGCGAUCCCAACAUGGUUUCCAACUACACCACCGGACCGAACCCAUCAUACUUACCGCAAUCAACCUACCAACCAGCAGCUUCCAUGGCACCGACCAGUCCGUUCUAUGUACAAUCGUGCCCGAAUGGUCUGCCAAUCUCACCGACUCGACCAUCAUACCACAGAGACCCCAACACCCCAAGUCGCCGCAUCUCGCAUUCGCCUUCUCCGCCAGCUACCGAGUCUCGCUCCAGGCGUGCUUCGUCUUCGAGACGCGCGUCUCGCCAUCGCAGAACAAAAUCUACUAAUUCGACGCCACGGCAUCCACAAAAGGACGGCGGCGGCGGUUUCGUCAACUUCACGCCUUCGGACAGUAACAAGAUCCUGAGCGGUGUAGCGCCUUCCGGGAGCUCGAAGACUAAGGCCAGAAGGGAGAAGGAGGCAGCUGAUAAGCGGAGACGCCUUAGCCAAGCGGCCAUGAGGGCGGUGAUUGAGGCUGGAGGCGAUGUGGAGACUCUGCAGAGGGCGGGACUGAUUGCCGGGUAG